UUUUCAUGGUUCGCCGCUGGGUCCCAGGUUCGCCGCGGUGUUUUCGAAUCGUGUCGUUUUCUCGCGAGAUAAAAACUAUUAUAAAUAUUUUAUUGCAGUGCUAAAUUUAAUAAAUUACAUAUAUUGCUACAAUUUACGGCUGAGAAUGUCCCACCAAAAAUCGAUAUUAUCAUUUUUCUCCAAAACCAACGUCAAGAAAGCAGAUGACGAAGCCGCCACCGGUCAACAGAGCAAGAGCGGUGCGACGAACGGCAAGGAGAAACGCCGAUCCGAUGAAGCGGACAAUAACAAUGCGGUUAGCAAGAAAGCGGCAACGACGCCGGUCAAAUCCGGAGAUGAGGACAGCCCGGUGAAGCGUUCCGGAGGAGCCGGAAGGAAGUCAACCGCCGCAGCAUUGUUCGAUUCGUCUCCGUCGCCGUCGCCGGAGAAGAAGCCCGUAGGGGAUUCGAAGGAAACUUCAUUGAGCGUUCCCAAGCGGCGUCGCAUAGCUUCAUCGUCCAGUGAGGAGGGGGAGAGUUCGCCGAAGAAGGAAAGUCCGGCAAAACCGAAAGAGGAAAAACCCGUCAAGCAGGAAAAGACUAGUCCGGAAACCAAAACCAAGCCGGAAUCGAAGUCCAAGAAAACGGUAGAGGAUAAGAAGUCUCCCAAGACAUCGUCCAAAAAAAGUUCUCCUAAAGACAAGAAACCUCCCAAACAGGAAAAAUCACCCAGCAGCAAAGAUGUUGAAACGACGAAGGAAGUCAAAAAGGAAAGCGAAUCACCGAAAAAGGUGGAAUCGAAACCGGUCGACGUGAAGGACAAAACUACGAACGUGAUGAGUUUCUUCACCAGUGCCAGUGGUAAAAAAGACGCCAGUUCCGGUGGCAGCAGCGGUUCCAAAGUCGAUGGCGCCGACUACAAUCCGGGCAAGAAGAACUACCACCCGAUCAACGACGCCUUCUGGAAGAAGGGAGAAAAGGUGCCGUACUUGGCCCUGGCCAGGACAUUCCAGAUCAUAGAAGAAACCAGCGGUCGGCUGCGGAUGAUGGAGAUCUUGAGCAACUACUUUCGGUCGGUGAUUUUGCUCAGCCCGAACGACUUGCUGGCGAGCGUUUAUCUAAGUCUGAACCAGCUGGCUCCGGCCUAUGAGGGCGUUGAGCUGGGAAUUGCCGAGCACACGCUGAUGAAGGCCAUUGCCCAGAGCACGGGGCGGAGUUUGGCGCAGAUAAAGACUGAUGCGCAGAAUACGGGCGAUUUGGGGCUGGUGGCAGAGCAGUCCAAGAGCAGCCAGCGGAUGAUGUUCCGUCCGGCGCCGCAUUCGGUGGAUGGGGUAUUUGGAAAGCUGAAGGAGAUUGCCAAGAUGACGGGGACCGCUUCGAUGGCCAAGAAGAUGGACAAGAUCCAGUCGAUGUUUGUGGCGUGUCGGCACUCGGAAGCUCGGUUUAUCAUUCGGUCGCUGGCGGGGAAAUUGCGGAUAGGUUUGGCGGAGCAAUCGUUGCUUCAGGCUUUGGCGCAAGCGUGUGCCAUGACUCCGCCGCAUCAGGGCGAUAGUAAGGAACCGAUCGUGAACGCGUUGAGCAAGUGCAGUGAAGCCACGGCCAAGGCCAAAGUGGACGAUAUUGCCAUGAUUUUGAAAACGGUCUACUGCCAGUGCCCGAACUACAACCAAAUUGUGCCGGUUCUGCUGGAACAUGGUAUAGAUCAUCUGCUGGAGAAGUGUCCGAUGAUGCCGGGAACUCCGCUGAAGCCUAUGUUGGCGCAUCCCACGAAGGGAGUCCAGGAAGUGCUGGAGCGAUUUGACGGAAUUGAUUUUACCUGCGAGUGGAAGUACGAUGGGGAACGAGCUCAAAUCCACCUGCUGGAGGAUGGCAGUGUUAAUAUCUACAGCCGGAACCAGGAGAACAACACCAGUAAGUAUCCGGAUAUUAUUGCACGGUUAGAUCGCACUCGCAAGGAAUCAGUGACCAGCGCUAUCUUGGAUUGUGAAGCUGUUGCUUGGGAUCAGGACAAAAAGCAGAUCCUACCCUUCCAGAUCCUUAGUACCCGAAAGCGGAAGGAUGCCAACGAAGCUGAUAUUAAGGUGCAGGUGUGCGUCUACAUGUUUGAUCUGCUCUAUCUAAACGGAAAGCCUCUCGUGGAGCGGCCAUUCAUAGAACGGCGAGAACUGAUGUACAAGAACUUCAACGAGUUUGAAGGCGAAUGGAAGUACGCCACCCGUCUGGAUACCGGCGACAUCGAUGAGCUCCAGCGCUUCCUGGACGAAGCUAUUAAAGGCAACUGUGAAGGCCUCAUGGUCAAGACCCUCCAGAAGGAAGCCACCUACGAAAUCGCCAAACGUUCGCGAAACUGGCUCAAGCUCAAGAAGGAUUACCUCUCGGGUGUCGGAGAUUCUCUGGACCUAGUCGUGAUCGGCGGCUACAAGGGCAGGGGCAAGCGAACCGGAACCUACGGUGGUUUCCUCCUCGCUUGCUACGACGAAGAAAACGAAGAAUACCAGAGCAUCUGCAAGAUCGGAACCGGAUUCUCCGACGAGGACCUCCAGACGCACACGGACUUCUUCAAGGACAAAAUCAUUCCCCGGGCCAAGAACUACUACCGCUACGAUUCAUCACACGAGCCGGACGACUGGUUCGAACCGGCCCAGGUCUGGGAGGUGCUCUGUGCCGAUCUUUCGCUCAGUCCGGUGCACCGGGCGGCCCAGGGUAUCAUCGACCCGGAGAAGGGCAUUUCGUUGCGAUUCCCGAGGUUCAUCAAGAUCCGGGACGAUAAGGGAACCACGGACGCCACCUCGGCCAAACAGGUUGCCGAUAUGUACUCGAAUCAGGACCAGAUCAAGAACCAGCAGCAGAACAACCAGCGGGACCCCGAGGAGGACUUCUACUAGAAACUCUAAGGUUAGAUGUUACGUUUACUAUGCAUAACUUUUCGUUUGUUUUUGAACCGUUACAAUUGAACAAUUGUGAAAUUAUACAAUAACUUCUUUGAGACGUA